GGUCAGGACAUCAAUAUGAUGCUGAGAAAACGGUCAUGUAUUUCUUCCGUCACAGACAAGGAUUGCUCUUUCGUCGCAGGUCUGUUUUUUUCUCUAGUGUUGAUUUACCAGGUUGUGACGUGGCUGAGGUCACGCAUGCGUGUAGGCGACUACGACAAGAAGCACGUGCUUGUGACAGGUUGCGACACGGGCUUCGGCUGUCUCCUCGUUAAACGCCUCGACGUGUUAGGGUUCCGAGUGUUUGCCGCCUGUCUGACGUCACAAGGGGCGGAGAAACUGCAGGCAGCGAGUUCUUCUCGCGUCACCACGUUGGUGCUUGACGUCACAGACGAGAAGAGUAUCAGCGCCGCCAGAGACUUUGUGGCAGCCAGUCUGCCGGAGGGUCAAGGUCUGUGGGGUGUUGUGAACAAUGCGCGGCAUCGUCGGUCCUGUCGCUUCCCAGCGAAUCAUAAGAUGUCAGGAGCUAACCGACUGUCGCGUCAUUCGGGAGCAACAGUAUCAGAUGACGUGUAUAGGUGGAUUGCUGUCUGUCUGCCAAGAAAGCUAGCUUCUUGCAAGUUCUCCAGUAUCGUCACAUCUAUUUAUUUAGUAUAUGUUUAUAUUUUUCAGGAUUGCAUCUUCGUAGCACAACUGUUUCUUGCUUUAGUGUUAAUUUACCAGCUGGUGACAUGGCUCAGGUCACGAUUACGUGUCGGUGACUACGACAAGAAGCACGUACUUGUGACAGGUUGUGGCAACGGUUUCGGCUAUCUCGUCGCUAAACGCCUGGACGUGUUAGGGUUCCGAGUGUUUGCCGCCUGUCGCACGUCACAAGCGGCGGAGAAACUGCAGGAAGAGAGUUCUUCUCGCGUCACCACGUUGGUGCUUGACGUCACAGACGAGAAGAGUAUCAGCGCCGCCAGAGACUUUGUGGCCGCCAGACUGCCGGAGGGUCAAGGUCUGUGGGGUGUUGUGAACAAUGCGGCCAUCGCUGGUCCUAAUGCUCCCAGCGAGUGGGUGUCACGUGAUGGGUAUCAGACAUGUCUGGCGGUCAACCUGUUUGGUCUGAUUGACGUCACUCGGACUUUCCUGCCGCUCGUGCGUCGCGCGCGAGGACGUGUUGUGAACAUCUCGAGCGUGUCGGGAAGAAUUGCCGUGGGCCCCUCUCCUUACUGCGUGUCUAAAUACGGCGUGGAGGCUUUCUCCGACUGUCUUCGGAGAGAAGUGUACAGACAGGGUGUACAGGUGUGCAUCAUAGAAACUGGCCUCUUUAAAACAAAUAUCAAUAAACAGGAUAUUUCAUUCAAGUCAUUUAAGAUGUCCUACGAUGCCACACCUGCUGAUAUCAGACAACAUUACCCAGACUGGACAGUGGAAGCAUUUAGCAAGAUGAUCACCAGAGCCUCUGCCAUUAUUUCGCCGAAGCUGCACCUGGUGGUGGACGCCUACGUCUUGGCUCUGACGUCACGGUUCCCGCCGACAAGGCAGCUGGUGGGCAGUGACGUGCGUCUGUUCUACCGCCUGCUGUGGAACUUGCCUACGCCCCUCACCGACUGGAUUCUCGUCAAAUUAUUAGAGUCAGCUGCACACUAAUAGCAAAGACCUAGUCUACUUUGACAUCAAACAGUAAUGCUACAAACAUACAUAUGAUUAAACUUUCCCUCACACAUCAAGAUACUUAAAUCUCCAAUGAAAUCUUACAUAUCCGUAGAAUAAUUUAUUAAUAAGCAUACGUGCUUUCCUAUUUGAUGUUGAAGUUUUAUUUUAAGGUUGACAUGAUGAAAAUACAUAUGAUUCACACAAAACUACGAAACUGAAUAAAUAAAAAUAUUUGCUUUCCAAAA